GGCUGCUUGGAGGGGUUAUCUUUCUCCUGUUUCACAGGGAGAAACAGCUGGGUUGUCCUUGACCAUUCCCUUGGUCCACCUGCAUUUCAUUAGACAGCAGCAGUUUUACAUACCACACCACCAUGAUGACAUAGCAGCUUCAGAAAACAGCGUGACUAGGAUCACCCCCCCCCCCCCCCCAGCCCUUGUAUCACAGAGGAUCUGGCAGUCAGUUACCUUCUGACACUGUUUAUAGCAUAUAUUGGUCGACCCAGCCGUUCACUGGAUCUGCUGUGGGAAUUAAGGCAACAGUUUCACGUCAGAAAGAAACAACUCACACUGCAAAGAUGCAUCUGAAGUCUCUUCUUUUCUUCUUUAUCUUAAUCAGUGGUAUCUUCUGUCAAUAUGAUUAUGAUGGAUAUUAUCCUUCAGAGCCUGACUAUGGUUAUGCUCACUCAAUGUUUGGGCCAUCAACAGCAGUCUGUGCGCCAGAAUGUACCUGUCCUAUAAGCUAUCCCUCGGCUAUGUAUUGUGACAAUCUUAAACUGAAAAGUCUCCCAAUUGUUCCUUCUGGAAUUAAAUACCUGUAUCUCCGCAAUAAUAUGAUUGAAGGCAUAGAAAAUAAUGCUUUUGAUAAUGUAACAGAUCUGGAGUGGUUGAUCUUAGAUAAUAAUCAUCUGGAAAAUUCAAAAAUUAAAGGAAAAGUCUUUGCCAAAUUAAAGAAUCUGAAAAAACUGCACAUAAAUUACAACAACUUAACCGAAGUUGUUGGGCCACUUCCCAAUAGUCUGGAUGACCUGCAGCUCACUAAUAACAAGAUCAUAAAAAUCAACUCUAAUACGCUUGAAGGACUAGUGAAUCUGACUGUCAUUCAUCUCCAGCACAAUCAACUCACUGAAGAUACACUUUCUGGGGUUUUUAAAGGAUUAAAUUCACUUCUUUAUCUUGACUUGAGCUUCAAUAAACUUUCCAAGCUGCCUCGGGGACUGCCUCCAAACUUACUGAUGCUCUAUUUUGACAAUAAUCAAAUUACCAAUAUUCCUGAUGAAUACUUCCAAGGUUUUAAAGCACUACAGUAUUUACGUCUAUCCCACAAUAAGCUGACAGAUUCUGGUAUACCGGGCAAUGUUUUCAAUAUUUCUAGCCUUGUUGAGCUGGAUCUUUCAUAUAACCAGCUGAAGAGCAUCCCGACAGUAAACGAGCACCUUGAAAACUAUUACCUUCAAGUCAACCAGAUUAACAAAUUCCCAGUGAGCAGCUUUUGCAAGGUUGUUGGAGCACUUGCCUAUUCCCGGGUCAGACACCUGCGUUUGGAUGCAAAUAAUCUAACAAGAUCCGAUCUUCCCCAAGAAAUGUACAACUGUCUCCGAAUGGCUGCUGAUAUUGCUCUGGAGUAAAUUGUGUCUCACUUCAUUCACAGGCCAGAAUAAUGCUUGGCCUUCUUUUGUUCUUUUUUUUUUAAAAAAAUAUGUACAUUCUAGUAAGACAAUGAUGCUAAUGUUUGUACAUCUAUGAUGUCCCCAUAGACUGUGGACAAAGUUGUCUUCAUGUUUAUUUCUUUAGGCUCUUUUAUGUAAGACAGUAAAGCACAGACUGAGUUUAAACUUUUUUUAAAAAAGCACUAGUGUAUAUUAAACACACACCACAUGCUUUGUGGGUGUGUAGUCCUACUCAGGUUUGUAGAAGUCAGACAUGUUCUAAUCUAGAGUUUUCAUUCUUUAGGGCUGGACCAUAUCUGUACAUUAUUUUCACAUGUUCAAAUUAGAGUUCUCUCUUGUUUUACAAUUUCAUUUUGUUUCAUUGUUGCAAUUACAUUACACAGGAAAGCAAUAACCCAUUAUGCCUAUACAACAUAAUGGCUUUUAUAGGAAAAUAUAUGUUAAGACCCCCAGUUAAAUAUGAUUCAUGUGAAGGAGUGGGAAAACAGCAACAUUUUACAGGUUUUUCUAUUUUGGUAAUGCUUUUUAUGUUCAUUCAGGUGAAAACAUCAUGGUGUGGUUUGUUUAAAGCUUUAAAGCAAAAAUUGUUAUUUCAUAGUAAAACAUGUACACCAUUACUGUUAUUCAGCUAUUUGCAUGCUAUAUUUAACAAAACUGUAGAAAAUAAAACAUAGCAAAUAAAAAUACUGACUGCAAA